GCACGCAGGGCAGCGGCGGGGAAAUGACACGCAGAGCCGGAUAAAUGGGAAAGUUUAAGAUGAAGGUCCACCAGCACUGGCUGUUUAUGGUUUUGUUUCUUCCUUUAUCAAGUGUUUUAUGUUUCAGCGAGUUGUCCUUCAUCACGGAGCCCAGUGACGUUACCUUACUACCAAAGGACCCUGCUGUCUUGGACUGUCAGGCUCACGGGCUGCCUCCAGUCACCAUCAAGUGGCUGAAGAACGGCGUUAAGUUGGCAGAAAGUGAGCACAUACAGUUUCUGCCCAACGGCUCCUUGUACAUACCAAUGAUAGAGCACACCAAGGAGGAUUCAGAUGAAGGAUUCUACCAGUGCCUCUCCCAGAAUAAAUAUGGAGCUAUCCUAAGCCAAAGAUCACGUCUGACUAUCGCAAGUAUCUCAGAGUUUGUGUUGCAUCCUGUGCCUAUGGUGGUGACUGAGGGCUCAUUGGCACGAUUCUCCUGUGCUGUCACCUCUAGCCCUCCUGCCACGAUCACCUGGGAGCUCAACCAAAAAACAUUACCACUACGAACAGAAAGAAUAACAGUUUUGCCAAAUGGAGUCCUUCAGAUCCACAAUGUACAGUUGGAAGAUGUUGGACAAUAUCGAUGUGUGGCAACUAACAUUGGCAGCCAUUUGAAGAGUAGAGAAGCCACACUGACAGUCCACCAAGGUGCAGGCCCUAAACCACGUCAGAGGCCCAGAAUCAUUGCAGGACCUCAAAAUGUCACAGUUUCUCUUCACCAAACUGUGGUGCUGGAGUGUGUGGCCACAGGCAAUCCCUGGCCCAUCAUCUCCUGGAGCCGUGCUGACAGUAAACCCAUUGAUGUGUACAACGCCAAAGUGCUGGGCAAUGGAAACCUUGUUAUUACGGAUGUCAAUUCCAAGCACAGUGGAGUCUACCUCUGCAGGGCCACCACCCCUGGAACCCGCAACUACACUAUUGCUGCAGCAAACCUCACAGUUCUAGUGCCACCAUCUAUUGUCGAGAGGCCAGAGAGCCAGACCCGUCCAAGAGCUGGCACUGCCCGGUUUAUGUGCCAAGCAGAGGGAGUGCCCACGCCACGCAUCAUGUGGCUAAAGAAUGGAGAAGAUGUUCACUUAAAUGGGAGGAUUAAGAUGUACAACAGUAAAUUGGUGAUUACCCAGAUCAUCCCUGAAGAUGAUGCCAUUUAUCAGUGCAUGGCAGAGAGUGAACAGGGUUCAGAGCUGUCCUUGGCUCGCCUUAUUGUUGUCAUGUCCGAGGACAGGCCGAGUGCACCAAGAAAUGUCCAUGCAGAGACCAUCUCAAGCUCUGCUAUCUUACUGGCCUGGGAGAGACCUCUCUACAAUGCAGACAAAGUCAUUGCCUACUCCAUCCAUUACAUGAAGGCUGAAGGUCUAAACAACGAAGAAUACCAAGUUGUCAUUGGCAACGACACGACCAGUUAUAUCAUCGAUGACCUUGAGCCUGCUAGAAACUACAGCUUUUACAUCGUUGCUUAUAUGCCAAUGGGAGCCAGUCGUAUGUCAGACCAAGUCAGUCAGCAUACCCUGGAGGAUGUGCCUUUGCGUACUCCAGAGCUGAGUCUGAUCAGCCAGAGCUCCACAGAUAUUCAGGUGAUUUGGCAGCCGCUGCCUGCCAAGGUGAGCCGCGGUCGGUUGUCUGCAUACAGACUAUCCUAUCGUACAGCUGCGGACAGCACUGUCACCUCUGUGGAGUUACCUCAGAACAGCACCGAAUAUCUGCUGGAGGGCCUGCAGCCUGACACCAUCUACCUGCUUCGCAUGGCUGCAGCCACCCGUGUGGGCUGGUGUGAGCCUUCUGCAUGGACCUCGCACCGCACACCCAAGACCUCCAGCAGCAAAGUGCCUUCAGCCCCUACUCUUCAACUUGAGCCGCUUAACUGCACCUCCAUUGUGGCACGCUGGCAAACUUCCCAACAAUCUGUGGUUGUCCAGGGUUACCAGCUGUGUUACCAUGAGGAAGGCCAACCGGAGCAGCCUAUCAUCCAGCUGCAUGCUCAAACCUAUACCCACACCAUCAGUGGCCUUGACCCAAGGAGAAAGUAUCAUGUCAAGAUUCUGGCUAUCAGUCAAGCUGGAGAUGGCUAUCAGACAGACCAAACAAUUAGUACCCCGGGAUGUGUGUCGGCUAGAGACCAACUGGCAGCAGCCCCUCCGCCUCCAGCUCACGUGACUGUCUUGGCCAGCAAUUCAUCUGCAGUGUCUUUGAGCUGGAGCCGUCCUACUUUCCCCUCUGGAAAGGCUGUCACCUAUACAGUCCGUUGUACACCUGUGGGCACCCACAACGCCUCAGCUAUACGCUACCUACAAACGACCAGACAGAGAGUGAUGGUUCAGGAUUUGGAUCCAAACACUCGAUAUGAGUUUGUUGUGCGUCUUCAUGUGGACCAGAUGUCGAGUCCCUGGAGUUCUGUCUUUCACCAUCAGACUCUGCCAGCAGCACCUAGCCAACCACCGACAGGAGUGCGAGUAAGUCUGAUUGAGGAUGACACUGCUCUGGUGUCCUGGAGGGAGCCCAUAGAGCGCAAUGUGGUGGUUACGCGCUAUACCAUCCUGUACGCUUCCCAGAAAGCCUGGAUUACGGGACGUUGGCAAAUAUUGCAGCGGGAGGGGAGCCACACAAUGGCCUUGCUGGAGAAGCUGGAGGCAGGGAAUGUUUACUUGGUGAAAAUCUCUGCCUCCAACCACGUUGGUGACGGGCCUUUCUCUAACAUUGUGGAGUUGGCGCUAAAGCGUGGAAACACCCACCGCAGCAAGAACCCCCGGCACUCUGACACCUUCCCCGAUACAAGAGUCCUAUCUGAUGGCCUCUACCACAUAGACCAGAGGUCUAUGACUGGGAUCAUUGUGGGUGUGUGCAUCGCCUUGGCCUGUAUUGUUAUGUGUGCCUUAAUCCUCAUCAGUAAGGGCAGACCAAGGAAAUCCUCCAGCCACAAAGUAAUUGCUGUGGGAGCUGCUGAAGGUCCACAUGCUGGUUUGUCUCUACCCAAUGAACACCAUAGAGAGAAUAUUGAGGCUCUUAUACCCAUGAUAAGUCACCACUUUCUAGAUACCAAGGGUGAAGCUAAUAUGGUCAUAAAUAGUGCCGGUCCAAUCAGCAGCAAGAAUCAGAGCAAGCGGUGGCUGCUCUUCAAAAGGGAGAUCGGGAAUCCAGCUGAAAGUGAUGCUGAGAGGAGAGCCAGCUUGUAUGAGGCUGGCAAAACAGUUUUGAGGUACGAGGAGCAGUUAGGUUCGGCGCCCUUGCCACCUUCGUCCAGGGAGAUCAUCUAUGGACCGUAUCGCUCGAAGAGCUCUCACACCAGUGAGGGCAGCCAAGAGACGGGAGACUCUGGACACUACUCCAACGAAGAGAUGAGCAACCCUUCGACCAGCCGAAGCUCCCGACCUGAAUCUUUUGGGUCGGUCGAUGGCCCCACUGCCGCCGAGCUGAAACAGUCUUUUGAAGUGGAAAAUGAGGAGAUGCUGAGCCUCCAUCACUCCGCCCCUGAUGCGUCCCACUUCUGCUGCAUCUCAGAGUACGCUCAUCCCGCCUUGCACACGUCGCAAGCUGUCGCCUCCUGA